CUACUUACAUUGCACAGCGUUCAUUUUCCUAACAAUGUUUCUUAAGGUUGUGUUUAAUUAUGUCAGUGUAAAGUGUACAUAUUCUGUACGUGUAAUUGGAUUUAUUUAAUGUGGUGCUAGUAUUAUUAGGGUGACGCAAAAUCACUUUACAUACAAUAUUGUGGAAAUUAUGCGCAGGAGUCCGUACGUGGGCCCUGUACAUUAUGAGCCAAGAGGUCCUCCAAAAGUCCAAGUUCGAACCAGCAUGAGCCAGCGAGAUGAAGUGCAAAAAUUUGAACAGGGCCGUAUUAGGUUCCUGCAAGAAGAAAGGCUUCACAUACAAAAGAAGACCUUCACAAAAUGGAUGAAUUCUUUCCUCACAAAAGCUCGCAUGGAGGUAGAAGACCUCUUUGUCGAUCUUGCCGAUGGCAGGAAACUUUUAAAAUUGCUAGAAAUAAUUUCUGGUGAAAAAUUAGGAAAGCCGAAUAAUGGUAGAAUGCGGGUCCAUAAAAUCGAAAACGUAAACAAAAGUUUAUCGUUUCUCCACACGAAGGUCCGUCUAGAAAGUAUCGGUGCUGAAGAUAUUGUAGACGGCAACCCUCGAUUAAUUUUAGGUUUAAUUUGGACGAUUAUUUUAAGGUUCCAGAUCCAAGAAAUCGAAAUUGAUGUGGACGAAGAAAAUGAAAGUUCGGAAAAGAAAUCAGCCAAAGAUGCGCUGUUGCUUUGGGCGCAGCGCAAAACUUCGGGUUACCCCAACGUCGAAAUUACAGACUUUUCUGGUUCGUGGAGGAACGGUUUGGGCUUCAAUGCCCUAAUCCAUUCUCAUCGACCGGAUUUGUUUGACUUCAAUAGCUUAAAUCCAAAUAAACAUAUCGAAAAUCUGAACCACGCCUUCGACGUGGCUAAUAACGAACUUGGCAUACCUCCACUUUUAGAUGCAGAAGACAUUGACAACAGCAGACCUGAUGAAAAAAGUAUAAUGACUUACGUAGCUUCCUAUUACCAUACAUUUGCCAGAAUGAAAAACGAAGCCAAAAGUGGAAGGCGAAUUGCAAAGAUUGUAAGUCAAAUGGCAGAGGCAGAUAAUAUGAAACUAAUCUACGACAAACUUACAACUGAUCUACUCGAGUGGAUUCAAGCUAAAGUCUUGGAAUUAAGUGAUAGAAAUUUUCCUAAUUCUUUAGAAGGAAUUCAAAGUCUUCUUGUAUCUUUUGGACACUACAGAACCCAAGAAAAACCUCCAAAGUAUAAGGAAAGAAGCGAAAUAGAAGCACUUUUCUUCCAAAUCAACACCCAACUGAAAGAAUUAAGACAACCUGCUUUCAUUCCAAUUGACGGAAAGAUGGUCCAAGAUAUCGAAAGAGCAUGGGAAGCUCUGGAAAGAGCAGAACAUAGUAGAGAAGUAGCUUUGCGAAGUGAAUUGAGGAGGCAGGAAAGACUGGAACAAUUAAAUUAUAAGUUCGAAAGAAAGAGCAUCCUAAGAGAGGGGUAUCUUAAGGAAAUGAUCCAAGUGUUGUCGGAUCCCAGAUAUGGAUCAAAUCUAACCCAAGUCGAUGCUACAGUUAAGAAGCAUGAAGCUAUUUCCGCUGAUAUUUUGGCCAGGAAAGAACGGUUCCACGAUUUAACAAACAUGUGCGAAGAAUUAGUGAGAGAAAACUACAAAAAUGCUGAAAGAGUAAAAGCCCGUGAAAGUGAAACGUUAGAAAAAUGGCGACAUUUAUUACAUCUCCUUGAAAAACACAAAACCAAUCUGAAUAAUAUGGGCAACGUGAUGAGCUUGCUUAGAGAAAUCGAUAGUGCCUUGACGACUAUGGUCGAACUAAAGUCAGAAUUGUCAUCAAACGAUACUGGAAUCCAUUUGCUGGCAGUCGAAGAAUUGUUGCAAAAGCAUGCACUUCAAGAACUCCAAGUCACUUCCGUGGGGGAGUCAUGUAGAAGGGUGCGUCGAUUAGGAGACAUUUUGGCAUCUCAGAAUCCUAGAGAAGAAAAAGUGAUCAACGAGAAAAUUGAUGAGAUGGAAACAGCUUAUCAAGAGCUACAAGAAAGUAGUGCAAAAAGAAAGGUUCUGUUGGAAGAUGCAAGAAACUUCUUUCAGUUUUUACAAGAUCAAGAAGACGAAGAGGCUUGGAUUAUCGAAAAGCAAUUCUUAUGCCAAACGGGGAUCAUUGCUAAAGACCUGAGAGGUGUUCUAAGUCUCUUACAGAAACACAAAUUACUACAAGACGAAAUUAAAAUGAGGAAAACAAAAUUCGAUCGUCUUUGUACUAUUGGAAAACAACUUAUCACCGAAAAACAUCCUCGUUCUGCCGAAAUUCAGCAACGUUUCGACUCUACCAAUAAAGAAUGGAACAAAUUGGAAAAACUGGUUGCCGAACGUGCCAAACAGCUUAACGAUGCUGCCGAAGCUUAUCAGUUUUACGCUGAUGCAAACGAAGCUGACUCCUGGCUAAACGAAAAGAUGUCCAUUUUGGCGUCCACAGAUUAUGGGUCAGAUGAACCAAGUGCACAAGCACUUCUCCAAAGGCACAAGGAUCUCGAAGGCGAACUUAACGCCUAUCAUGGAGACGUACAAAGUUUGAACGCCCAGGCUGAAAAACUGAUUGCGGCUGGGAUUUCCAAUCUGAAUCUCGGUACCGAGACUGAAGUGAAUGGACCUGUUGAAGAAUGGACCCAUGAAAUUCGAUUGGUGCCUAAAGAAGUUUGGGAAGAAGAACCUGUGGAGAAGAUCGAACACAAAACCCACGUUGAAGAACGCAAAGUGCCACAAGUGAAAGCCCUUUAUCCUUACACCGGACAUGGAUUUUCUAUGAACAAGGGCGAAGUUAUGUUCCUCUUGAACAAAAGUAACCCAGAUUGGUGGAGUGUUCGUAAAGCUGACGGUACGGAUGGCUUUGCCCCCGCGAAUUACGUCGUUGAAGUUGAAUCUAGAAUUAUGCAUAUUCAGGUGAGAAAACCUGAAAAAGUAACGGUAAUGCAAAAAGUAAAAAAGACCAAAAUGAUAAAACAGAAAAUACCAGUGAAAAUUGUUAAGCCUGUGAGUCACGAUGCCAAAAGAAUGAGCGACGAUAACGGUAGCGUUCCAAAAAGACAGAAAAAAAUUAACGAAACGUACGACAAAUUACAAGAAUUGGCCACCAAAAGACAUGCACUUCUCGAGGACGCGAUUCGACUCUACCAAUUUUACCGAGAGUGUGACGAUUUUGAAAAGUGGAUGAAGGACAAGGAGAAACUACUUGCGAGUGACGAUCCUUCUGAGAGCGUCGAACAGGCCAAACGCAAAUUUGAGAAAUUUUUAACAGACUUGUCAGCAAACCAUAAGCGAAUAGAAGUUUUAGAUGCGGAAGUGCAAAACUUUGAGGACCAGAACCAUUCACAAAUAGACAAAGUUCGAGCAAGACAAAGACAAAUACAUUCCUCCUGGGAUCGUCUCAACAAACUUAAGGCACUUAAGGAGCGUAGUUUAGAAGGUGCUAGUAGUGUCGAAUUAUUCCAGAGAACCUGUGACGAAGCCAAAGACUGGAUGCUAGAAAAGAUGACCCAGUUGGACACUGCAGAGCUAGGACCUGACUUGAAAACAGUACAAGCAUUACAACGACGUCACCAAAACCUCGAAAGGGAAUUGGCUCCUGUUGAAGAAAAAGUUAAGAGAGUUACUUUACUUGCAAGUUCCGUAAAGAAAGCGUAUCCUCAAGAGCUUAAAAAUGUGGCCACAAGAGAAGUUGAAAUAAACGGUCUAUGGAAAAAAGUCAAAGAUAAAGCGAUGGAUAGAAGAAAUAGACUUCAGAACGCAGUUGGCCAUAAAAUAUUUGAUAACAGUUCCAGAGCGUUACUUGGUUGGGUGGCUAAUGUAAAAGAUCAAUUAAAUGCAGAUGCAUCCGCAAGAGAUGUACAAACCGCCGAAAACUUGCUAAAGAAUCACAAAGACCUACACGAAGAAAUAAAAGCACACGAAGACGAAUUUGCUGAAAUUACCGAUUUGGGAAAUAAACUUCUGAAGGCAAAUCCUGGAGCCACAGAUGUAGCUGAAACCUUGGAUCGUUUAGCAGCAGAACAUGAAGCCAUACAGAGAGGCUGGAACGAGAAAGAAAAAUGGCUCCAGCAAUGUCUUCAGCUUCAAAUGUUUAACAAAGAAGCUGACAAUAUUGAUGCUGUCACUUCAAGUCAUUUGGCUUAUUUGGAAUUCAACAAUCUUGGAGAAUCUCUGGAUGAAGUGGAAGCUAUUCUAAAACAACAUAGAGCCUUUGCAAAUACGCUUAACGCACAGGACGAGCGUCUCAAAGCCCUUUCUGAUAAAGCUGACGUCCUCAUUGCUGAAAACCAUUAUGGAGCCCAAAAUAUCGACGAUAGACGCCAACAAGUACUGGAGCGUCGACAGAAUGUGAAAGAUCUGUGCCAAGCAAGAACCUACGCGCUAGAGGCUUCCAAAAACUUCCAAGAAUUCCGUGCAGAAGUAAACGACUUAAGAGCUUGGCUAAACGAAAAGCUAAAAACUGCUUCAGACGAAAGUUACCGAGACCUUAGUAAUCUUGAACGGAAACUCCAAAAGCACGAAGCUUUCGAACGAGAACUAAGAGCGAACGAAGGUCAACUUAGAACCGUUAACAAACUGGGUCAAGCUCUUAUAGCUCAAGAUAGUUAUCAAAAAGACGAAGUUGCAAAAACCUUGCACAGCCUAAACGAAGAGUGGAAGCAAUUGGUAGGAAUCUCCUUAGAAAAAGGAAGGAGACUUAAACAAGCCAUCACAGAAUAUGACUAUAACGUUUCCAUCGAAGAUGUCUACAUGAGAUUAGAGGUCAUAGAAACUACCAUCAGUCACGCCCCAGUUGGAGACGAUCUAAGAUCAUGUAAAGAUCUGUUGAAAAAACACGAAACUAUUGAAGCUGAAUUGAGCUUGUGUAAAGCAAGAAUCGAAGAACUGCUUCUUCAGAGUGACGAAAUGGCACAAGAAGGACACUUCAACGCCCACAAAGUAAACAAAAAGGCUUUAGAAGCGAAAGCUAAGCUCGCAGAUUUGGACGAACCUGUAAAAAGACGUCGAGAAGAACUAGAAGAAUCUUUGAAAUUCUACAAGUUCGCAUUUGAGGUGGACUCAGAGUUACAAUGGAUAAAAGAACAUUUUCCUGCUCUUGGUUCGGAUAGUCUCGGACAGAAUUUGCAUCAAACUCAAACAUUAUAUAAAAAACAUAACAAACUUGAAGCAGAAAUUUUAGGACAUGAGCCCAUUAUCACGAAAACAGUAGAAAAUGGGCAAGCCCUUGUUGACGAAGACCAUCCUAGGAAGAAAAACGUUGAAAACUUAUGUAAACAAUUGUUACAAUAUUGGGAAGAUCUUAACAAUAACGUAAAAUUACGAUCAGCCAAACUGGAAGAAGCUCUGAAGGCACAACAAUUUUUCUUCGAUGCAAAUGAAAAAUGUUGUUAUGAAUUUAGAGAAAGAUGGGAUAAAUUGUGGCAGCAAAUUCACAAUCGUGAAAGACGACUUUUGGCAGCCGGUGAAAUUCACCGUUUCCACAGAGAUGUAGCAGAAUCUCUAUCCAGGAUUCACGAAAAGAGUGCAGCAUUGGGUACCGAACUUGGGAGAGAUCUAAACUCAGCCCUUGCUCUUCUUCGAAGACAGGAGGCUUUUGAUAAUGAAUUGGUAGCUCUUGAGGCUCAACUCCAAGUUCUUAUUGACGACGGAGUGCGUUUACAAAACGCUUAUCCAAGAAACAAGGAGCAAAUACAACAGAAACAAGAAUUAGUCAUAACAGCAUGGCAAGGCCUCAAAGAAAGGGCGGACAUGCGCAGAGAUAAACUUCAAGCUAGCGUUGAUCUUCAAAAAUUCUUGGCCCAAGCACGAGAUUUAACGAGUUGGGCAUCCGGUUUACGAAUCGCCAUGAAUGCAGAAGAGAGUGUCCGUACUCUGGCGCAAGCGCAAGCACUGAAAGCAGAACAUGACGCUUUAAAAAGUGAAAUCGAAGCAAGAGAAGAAAGUUUUCAAGCUGUUGCCGACAUGACUACAGCAAUGGCACAAACAGGGCACGAUGCAGCUAACGAGGCAGUUGAAAGAUGCACAGCUUUGCUGCAAGAGCACGACAAACUCCAUGCGGCAUGGCAAACAAAAAAGACACGCUUAGAUCAAGUGAUAGAUUAUUUAUUCUUCCUUAGAGAUGCUAAACAGAUAGAAAAUAUUUGUAAUACACAAGAAGCAGCAUUAAGUGGCACUGAUCUUGGAGAAACUGUGGAUGAAGUAAGCAACCAGCUUAAGAAACAUGACGCUUUCGAGAAACUUUUCAACACUCAAGAAGAAAGAGUAGAUCAAUUACUGAAAUCUGCAGACAAACUAAUAGCCCAAAAGCACUUUGAAACUCCUCAAAUCUCAAGUAAAGUAGCUGAUGUUCAGCAAAAACGGCAACGAGUUCGACAACUUUGCAUGCAGAAACGCCAUCAACUAGAAGACGCCCUUCUCUACGCUCAGUUCUUAAGAGACGUUGGAGACGCUCAAGCCUGGAUUCACGAGAAGCAAAAGAAACUGCAAUCCGAAAUUAAAGUUGGAGAAGUCAAUAGUUUGGACGAUAAAAUGAAAAAAUUACAAAAAUACCAAGCGUUUCAAGCAGAAGUCGCAGCUAACGAAGGCAACAUAAAAGAGAUAAAAUACAAAGGUGAAACAUUAGUACAAAAACGUCAUAAGGCUACUCCAGAUAUUAAACGACAACUGGUAGAUCUUGAUCAAACGUGGAAUCAGCUUAUUCACGAAGUUGAACUGAGGGGAAAAGGUUUAGAAGAGGCUCAUGAUAUUCUAGAGUUUAAUAACCAACUCGAUAAAAUGGAAGCCUGGAUUCGGGACAAAGAAGUCAUGGUUCAAGCAGGGGAUAUUGGUGUAGAUUAUGAGCAUUGUCAAUCACUACAGCGCAAAUUAGACGAUGUAGACAGUGACAUGAGAGUAGACGAUACCACAAUAAAAAGUAUCAAUGGUCUCGCCAAUAAACUACUUAAUCAAGGUCACCAGGGUGUACAACAAAGAAGAAAUAACUUCAUUAAAAAAUGGCAAAAUCUACAAGGUGCUCUUGGCCAAUACAGAGAACGUUUACACGGGGCUUCAGAAGUUCAUCUCUUUAAUCGUGACAUUGCUGAUACUUCAGAAAGAAUUAAAGAAAAAAUAUUGUCUAUGGAAAAGAAUGAUCCUGGAAGAAGUUUGACUACAGUAGAAACGGCGCAACGCAAACAAGAGCAGCUGGAAAGAGAAUUAACAGCUGUGGAAAAUAAACUUAAAGAUCACGACAAAGAGGCUUAUAAACUUAGUCAAAAAUAUCCUGAAAAUGCAGAACACAUACAAGAGAAACUCGAAGAGUUACUCCAACAGUGGAACAAUUUAUUAAACGUAAAAGACAAGAAACGCCAAGAUCUCGACAAAGCCCAUACAAAACAAAAGUUUCUCGCUGAAAUUAAUGAUUUGGAUCUUUGGGUUAUGGAAAUUAUCAAACGUAUGGAAAACCAAAAUAAACCCAACAGUGUAGCAGAGGCUGAAGCAUUACUAGAGCUUCAUAAAGAAAGAAAAGCAGAAAUUGACGGAAGACAAGAAACCUUCGAGGCUCUGACUGAAUUUGGCUUGAGUUUGGCUAAAAGCAACGAUCACGAAGUAAACCAAGCAGUAGAAAAACUGAAGGAAUUAGACGAACUCCUUUUAGACGCUUGGAAGAAACACCUUCAAGAUUUAACUCAUGCAUAUCAGCUCCAAGAAUUCAAGGAACAGGCAGAUCAAUUAGACAGUUGGUUAGGUUCUAAAGAAGCUUUCUUGAACAACGACGAUGUGGGAGAAACGCCAAGGGCAACCGAUGCUUUAAUAAGAAAACAUCAAGACUUUGAAAAGUUAUUAAAUCAACAACUCAAUAGAAUUGACGAUUUGGAAAAAGUUGGAGAAGAAAUUUUAGCCGACGUUAAUUAUAAUAACCAAGAAGUGAAAACACGAUUGGAUUCUGUUUUGGCCAGAAAGAGUCGUCUUAUUGAUGCAACAGAAGCCCGCGGUCAAAAAUUGGAGGAUUCUAGAGCCUUACAUCAAUUCAGAAGAAACAUACAUGACGUCGAAAACUGGUUAACACAAAAAAUUCAAAUUGCUAGUGACGAAUCUUACAGAGAUCCAAGCAACAUGCAAAGUAAAAUUCAAAAACACGCCGCGUUUGAUGCUGAAAUUUUGGCCAACCGUAACCGUAUUCAAGCGGUAUUAACCGAAGGAAUAAACUUAAUUAAAGAGAAACAUUUUGCAAGUGAAGAAAUCCGUAUAAGAAUCGACGAUUUGGAAAACGAUUGGAAACAUCUCCAAGAAAUAUCGCAUCUAAAAAGGGAACGACUUAAUGAUGCCUACCAAGCUCUUCUGUUUGACCGCGCGUUAGACGAAUUUUUGGCAUGGUUAGAUGAAGUUGAAGCUCAAUUGAAGUCUACAGAUACAGGAAAAGACUUGGCAACGGUGAACAACCUUCUAAAGAAACACUCAGUUUUGGAAAACAAUGUUCAACAACAUUCAGAAAACUGCGAGGCAAUAAAUGAAGCAGCUGAACAUUUUGUCAAAAACGGUCAUUUUAUGGCGAAUGAGCUACAGGAAAGAGCUCAAGAUGCAAUCACCAGGUAUCAUCAACUCCAAGAACCUAUGCAAGAAAGGAGGGAUCAUUUGGAGGCUUCAUAUAUGUUACACCAAUAUAUCAGAGAUGUGGAUGACGAACUACAAUGGUUAGUAGACAGAGAACUUCUAGCUUCGUCUAAAGAUUUAGGCAACAGUUUAACGACUGUUCAACAUCUUCAGAAAAAGCAUUUGGCUCUAGAAGCUGAACUAUUAUCUCGUGAACCUAUAAUAAAUACAUUGAUAGCCAGAGCAGGACAGCUAACUAGAUCGGGUCAUAAUGCUGCUCCUAUAAUCAAUCAAAAAGCUAAAGAACUGAAAACCAAACUCGUCCAAAUCAAAGAUCUUUCCAGUAUUAGAAAGCUGAGAUUACAAGAUGCCCUUGAAGCACAAACAUAUUACACCGAAGCAGCUGAGGCUGAAACUUGGUUGAGGGACAAAAGGCCUUUAUUGGCCUCCAAGGAAAUUGGAAAGGACGAAGAUUCAACCCAAUCACUUCAGAGGAAAUUGGAAGGGCUUAGUUGCGAAGUUGAAGCAUUUGAGAAAAAUGUCGAGCGACUGGAAAUUAUCGCAAAGAAGUUGAUCGAUAGAAAACAUUUUGACAGUCCAAAUGUAUCAGCAAAACAAAAACAAAUAGAAUCACGAUUUGAUGAAUUAAAAACUUUACUUAACGAACGAGAACAGAGACUUGUCGAAGCUUUAGAAUACUUCAACUUCAUUCGAGAGUGUAACGAAUUACAAGAAUGGAUGACCGAACAACAAGUGAAGGCCGCAUCUGAAGAUUAUGGUACGGACGUAGAACACGUUGAGCUUCUUAUUAACGCUUUCGAAACGUUCCUCUCGAGUCUCAAUAACAGCGAACAAAGAGUACAUAACUGCGUCGAUGGUGGUAAAAAACUAAUCAUGGUCAAUAACGAACACAGUGAUAAAAUAGAAAUGAAGGUAGCUGAAAUACAAGAUCAAUGGGACGAUCUUAUAGAGCUUGCCCAGGCACGACAUGACGCACUCCUCGGAGCGAAACAAGUGCAUUUAUUCGAUAGGACUGCUGACGAAACAAUAGCAUGGAUUAUAGAAAAAGAUGCAACUCUGGCUUUGGAAACCUAUGAACAGGAUUUAGAAAGCAUCCAAGCUUUGAUAAGAAAACAUCAAGCCUUCGAAACGGAGUUAGCCGCGGUGAAAGAACAGGUCGAGGCAGUUUGUAAAGAAGCUAAAAAGUUAAGUGAACUAUUUCCUGAUGCUGAGGAGCACAUCGAAGUAAAAAAAGAAGACACAUUAUCUUCUUGGGAAGAAUUGCAAAUCAAAGCAGAACAAAGACGAAAUAAUCUUCAAGAAGCAGAACAAUUACAAACUUAUUUCGAUGAACACAGAGAUUUAAUGGCUUGGAUAAAUGAAAUGCUGGCGAAAAUCACUGCCCCAGAUCUGCCUCACGAUGUUACGGGUUCCGAACACCUAAUAGAACGUCAUAAAGAAUUAAAAGCGGAAAUUGACGCUCGCGAGGACUCAUUUGAAAACUUCUUCAAAGUUGGUCGAAGAUUAAUUGCCGAAAAUCACUUCUUAUCUCAAGAAAUUCAGGAUCGUAUCAAUAUUCUCAAUCAUCGCUGGAACCUUCUCCACAGAACGUGGCAACAAAGAAACGUAAUCUACGAACAGCAUCUUGAUGUCCAGUUGUUCAAACGUGAAGCAAACAAUUUAGAGAACUGGCUGCAGGUACGCGAAGGAAAUCUCAAGGAUGGAGUUUACGGAGAGAGCAUUCCUCAAGUGGAAGAACUAUUGAGGAAGCACGACGACUUUGAAAAGACCAUUGAAGCUCAAGAAGAUAAGUUCGCCGCUUUACAAAGACGAACACUGGUUGAAGAAGCUUUUGCCCGGCAGAAAGAAGAAGAAGCCAGAGCCCGACAAGCCGAGAAAGAACGAUUGGAGCAUGAGCGUAUAGCCCAGCGGAAGCGUCUCGAAAUGCAGAGGAUAACGGAACAGCGACGUCUAGAACAACAAGAUCGCAAGGAAAGGCCAAAAGAAAUUCAUGAAGAAAAGAUGAAUGGAGCUCCUUAUGCCCAAGACAACGAAAAGAGCAAUUCUACGUCCGCGUCAUCUUUAACCAAAUCAAACUCAGUGGCUCACAUGUUUGGUGACAGAGUUCGAAAAGCGUCAGAUGCUAACGUUAAAAGGGCAGAAAGCAUGAAGGUUUCUUCCAUUGCAAAACCAGUUAAGAAAACGCCUUCCUUCAACACGAAAAGAAGAGCGGGAUCUUUCAGGAGCAAAGCAAGCGAGGUAGAAUUGCCUCCUGUAGAGAUACAAGCUUUUCUGGAACGAAAACAAGUAUUGAGCGCAGGUGGAAAACGAGCUCAAAACAGAGCAUGGAAAAACUAUUACACCGUCCUUUGCGGGCAACUUCUGUGUUUCUUUAAAAAUCGAGACGAUUUCGCGGCCAGCAAAGCGAUUUCGUCACCCGUAGGAAUUCACAACGCCAUCUGUACCGUUGCCGAUGACUAUGUUAAAAGAAAACACACGUUUAGACUGGUGACACCUGAAGGGUCCGAAUUUUUAUUCGCCUGCAACAACGAGGCCGACAUGCUCGAAUGGGUGGGAAAGAUCAGAUUCAGGGCCAAGUUACCUCCAAGCCAACAGCUAAUUAAUUUUGAAGUACAAAAGGUAACUUUUCUGGAUUACGGAAGAGAUCGUGAUGCUGCCACAAAAUUGCUUACAAAACACAAGGCUUUGGAGCUGGAGUUGGAAACUUACAACGGAAUAAUUACGGAAAUGGGUAGAGGAACUCAAGCUCUAAUCCAUUCUGGCCACCCAGAAUCGAAAGCUAUAGCUGAAAGGCAAGCUACUUUAGAGCACAUGAUCCGUUCUCUUCAACGUAGGGCUGCUGUAAGACAACAUAGACUUAUGGAGUCCUUGUUCAGACACGAAUAUUUCUUAGAAUCAGAAGAUCUAGAUAGAUGGAUAGCUGAACAACUUCAGCAUGCAGCAUCUGAAGAUUACGGACAAGAUUAUGAACAUCUCUUUUACAAACAAAAUUUGACGAUUUUAAACAUAGAGUGGAGGCAGGAACUGAGCGAUUUAAUCAAUGCGAAGAUCUCGCCCAGAAACUUAUCAAUAACGACAGUCCUUACAGCAAAGAUAUCGAGAGGAAGCAAAAACAAAUCGACCGCGGUGAAAGAACAGGUCGAGGCAGUUUGUAAAGAAGCUAAAAAGUUAAGUGAACUAUUUCCUGAUGCUGAGGAGCACAUCGAAGUAAAAAAAGAAGACACAUUAUCUUCUUGGGAAGAAUUGCAAAUCAAAGCAGAACAAAGACGAAAUAAUCUUCAAGAAGCAGAACAAUUACAAACUUAUUUCGAUGAACACAGAGAUUUAAUGGCUUGGAUAAAUGAAAUGCUGGCGAAAAUCACUGCCCCAGAUCUGCCUCACGAUGUUACGGGUUCCGAACACCUAAUAGAACGUCAUAAAGAAUUAAAAGCGGAAAUUGACGCUCGCGAGGACUCAUUUGAAAACUUCUUCAAAGUUGGUCGAAGAUUAAUUGCCGAAAAUCACUUCUUAUCUCAAGAAAUUCAGGAUCGUAUCAAUAUUCUCAAUCAUCGCUGGAACCUUCUCCACAGAACGUGGCAACAAAGAAACGUAAUCUACGAACAGCAUCUUGAUGUCCAGUUGUUCAAACGUGAAGCAAACAAUUUAGAGAACUGGCUGCAGGUACGCGAAGGAAAUCUCAAGGAUGGAGUUUACGGAGAGAGCAUUCCUCAAGUGGAAGAACUAUUGAGGAAGCACGACGACUUUGAAAAGACCAUUGAAGCUCAAGAAGAUAAGUUCGCCGCUUUACAAAGACGAACACUGGUUGAAGAAGCUUUUGCCCGGCAGAAAGAAGAAGAAGCCAGAGCCCGACAAGCCGAGAAAGAACGAUUGGAGCAUGAGCGUAUAGCCCAGCGGAAGCGUCUCGAAAUGCAGAGGAUAACGGAACAGCGACGUCUAGAACAACAAGAUCGCAAGGAAAGGCCAAAAGAAAUUCAUGAAGAAAAGAUGAAUGGAGCUCCUUAUGCCCAAGACAACGAAAAGAGCAAUUCUACGUCCGCGUCAUCUUUAACCAAAUCAAACUCAGUGGCUCACAUGUUUGGUGACAGAGUUCGAAAAGCGUCAGAUGCUAACGUUAAAAGGGCAGAAAGCAUGAAGGUUUCUUCCAUUGCAAAACCAGUUAAGAAAACGCCUUCCUUCAACACGAAAAGAAGAGCGGGAUCUUUCAGGAGCAAAGCAAGCGAGGUAGAAUUGCCUCCUGUAGAGAUACAAGCUUUUCUGGAACGAAAACAAGUAUUGAGCGCAGGUGGAAAACGAGCUCAAAACAGAGCAUGGAAAAACUAUUACACCGUCCUUUGCGGGCAACUUCUGUGUUUCUUUAAAAAUCGAGACGAUUUCGCGGCCAGCAAAGCGAUUUCGUCACCCGUAGGAAUUCACAACGCCAUCUGUACCGUUGCCGAUGACUAUGUUAAAAGAAAACACACGUUUAGACUGGUGACACCUGAAGGGUCCGAAUUUUUAUUCGCCUGCAACAACGAGGCCGACAUGCUCGAAUGGGUGGGAAAGAUCAGAUUCAGGGCCAAGUUACCUCCAAGCCAACAGCUAAUUAAUUUUGAAGUACAAAAGGAAAUACACGAAAUAGAUGCAAGUUCAACAUCAAGUAGAACAUCCAGUCCGGAUAUAUCGGAAGCUGUGGUCUUAAGACACGACCCUCAGUUCCAAAAUCAAAAUGGCAAUUCAACUGGCUGGAGGCAUACCCUCUCAGGGGAAAGUCCACCGCCAUUACCAGCCAGCGAACCGCCUAAUAAUCACACAAGUCGAAGGUACACAUUAGAAAACAGUGGAGACAUUCAUGGAUAUGGUGGUUCCGAUUCAGGUAAUUCUCGUUCGGACUGGCAAAGUUCGACAAUGUCUAGACCUAGUAGUAUUCAGCCAAAUGAUCAUAAAAGAUCCUCUUCUCGGAUAAUGGACUUGUUUCGAAAAAAGCGGCACCCAUCUUCGCAGAUGUAA